AUGUUUUAGUUGUAAUAUUCCGGGUGGAAUUUUAACUGGAAUAGUUGGACCUCAGUUUUUACGCAUUCAUGUUUAAAGUAUGUUAUAUGGAGUAACUGUACAAAAUAACUAUUAUGGAGCAAAAAAGCAAAUGUUGCGUCCCCGUUCGUACAGUUGCUUUCAAAAUACGAGUGGUUAACUGAGGCACGUGUAAGAAUUUUACACGUUUAGUACUGCGUACAAUUUUAAGAUUAUUUUAUUCGGGUAACCCAUUCAUUCCCUUAAUUUUAGAAAAUGCAGUUGCACACUGUAUGUGUUUUGUUUUCUUCAAGUUCAAUUGAGUCUUUGCGAUAGAACGAUUAGCUGUUUUUUUUUUGUUUUUUGUUUUUGUUGCAAAUUUCUGUUUCCUUCGGUUUUAUUUUUAUUUUUUUUGUAGUUUGUGCAAAAAAAAAACUCUGUAUGCCACUUAGGAUGGAGGGCAUAGACUCUGAAGAUGCCUGCGGUCCACAAGGCGACAGUGCAAGUCCUUCAACUGGGACACAGUUAGCUGGGCUUGCGGACUCUGAGGUGUCUGAGGCAGUAUUCCAGAGAAAGGAACACUGUGCAAGGGCUCUGUCACCGGAGGAGAGGGCGAAACUGAAAGGAGACCAAUGUUUAGUGUCGGACUUCAAGCAGCAGAAGCUCGAGAAGGAGGCACAGAGAAACUGGGACUUGUUCUACAAAAGAAACAGUACAAACUUUUUCAAAGACAGGCACUGGACCACAAGAGAGUUUGAGGAGCUCCAAGCGUGCAGAGAGUUUGAGGCUCAAAAACUGAUCCUGUUAGAAGCUGGCUGUGGAGUUGGAAAUUGUAUAUUCCCACUGUUGGAAGAAGAUCUCAAUAUCUUUGUGUAUGCUUGUGACUUUUCCCCAAGGGCAGUGGAGUUUGUGAAACAAAACCCCUUGUACAACGCCGAGAGAUGCGAGGCUUUCCAGUGUGACCUGACCAAGGAUGAGUUGUCAAAGAAUAUCCCACUGGAAAGUGUGAAUGCUGCCACCCUCAUAUUCGUGCUGUCUGCUAUACACCCAGACAGAAUGCGCCUGGCCCUUGAAAACAUCUACAGAGUCUUGAAACCAGGGGGCACUGUCUUGUUCAGGGACUACGGACUGCACGAUCACGCCAUGUUGAGGUUUAAAUCCGGGAGCAAGCUUGGAGAGAACUUCUAUGUGAGGCAAGAUGGUACCAGAUCGUUCUUCUUUUCUAAAGAGUUCCUGGAGGAUCUGUUUACAGCGGUGGGUUACGAGACCCUGGUGAACGAGUACGUCCUCAGAGAAACUGUCAACAAGAGAGAGGGGCUUUGUGUCCCAAGAGUUUUUCUUCAAGGCAAAUUCAAGAAGCCACUCUGACAAACAGCCUGAUGGUGAUGCUGCUACUCGGAAAGAAAAGACUUUGUAUCUGAAAAAACCCAGGAGGGAUUUUAUUUGUGAAUUUCUUGGCAGAAUUCUAACCGAUCUCAUUCUUCUGACCAGCAUAGGAUUUCAUGUCCAUUUUAAAUACAACACUUUACCUGCUUGUGGAAGGGAGCCUUAAGGUUUUCACAGCUCAAGUGAUUUUAUCUCGGAAAGAAGAAUUCUCUAUUUAAAUUAUCUUUUGAUGUGUAUGCAAAGACCUGUAAUGAAACAUGUGUAUCGUGUUUCCACUGUACUGUUUUUGUUAAAUAAAAAAAAAAGCAAGGAUAAGAGGAUUAAA